AUUUUCGAAUAAACAUUUGAACUGAGAAGUUUAAUAAAUUUAACUCAAUUAAAAAAAGAAGUUUAAAAAUGGAUAAUCCAGAACUUUUCACCAAAUCAAAUCUUUUAACAAAGAAUGAAUCGGAAAAACUUGUAAAAAUAUUUUGCAAUAUGUUUGCAGAUAAACUGAGAGAUGGAAGUGUUUUAAUUGAUGUGGGAUGUGGUGAUGGAGGGACACUUGUGCAUGUUAUAAGUUUAUUUGCUAUAAAAUUUAAAGAAGUUGUUGGAGUAGAUAUUUCCGACAACAUGAUAAAGUAUGCGAGAAAUACUUAUGGUAAUGAAGUGAUGAAAUUCCAUCAACUUGAUGUCAUUGAAAUUGGAUCUCUUUCAAAUGAUAUGCUGUUUCAAAGAACUGGAAUUAAGUACCAAUCUGCUGAUAUUGUGACAUCGUUUAUUUGCCUUCAAUGGAUCGAGGAUUUAAAAAAAGCUUUCGAAAAUAUGCGGAAACUCAUAAAGCCUGAUGGAUUUCUUGUAGUAAAUCUAGUGAAAGAUUGCACAUCAAUGUCAAAAAGUUACGAAGAAGUUUCGCAGAGAGAGAAAUAUCGUCAAUUCAUAAAUGGUGUAAAAAUCCCGAUUUUUCCUCUGAAAAACAUCGAUGACCCAUGCAAGGUUUUAAACGAAAUGUUAACUGAGAUAAACUUUGCAGUUAAAAUGACAAAAUUUGAUAAAGUCUUUAUUGAUCAUAAAAAUCCUUCUGCUUACUUUGAUUUAGUAAAAAGUGCUUAUACCUUAUCGCCAACGAUGCCUGAAGAAUUGCAAAAUGAAUUUUAUGACGAUUUCUUUGAGCGCAUCGAGCCUUUUGUUGAUCAAUCUGAUGGAGGGUACAUUAUUUGUUAUGAAUGUUUACACUUGAUUGCUGUUAAAAGUAAUUGAAAACUUGCUAAUAAAAAACGUGUAGCAACUUGAGUAAUCU